AUGACUGAAAAUGCUAGCCUCAAUUCUUGGCACAACUUUUAUACAAUGUUUCAGAAUUCAAAAAUCUUGUUUUCACCUCAAGUAAGUGGACAGGAAGUGAAAGUGAAGAACGCUGGAACCUCUUUGUUUUUUGAUACAGGGGGUGAAUAUGCCAAAAAUCUGUUCAAGACCUGUGGGCUGUUAGGAGGGGACAUUGUAAAACUGAAUUUCUUAUUGUGGAAGUUAGAAGAGAUCUGCCUUCCAAAGAUUAUACUCAUGUAUGAGCGUUUCAAGAGUGCAGAGAACAUUUUUAGCAUUGAACAUUCAUUACCAGAAUUAUAUGGACUUGAAAACCAGGUAGCAAGGGUUAGUGGAUAUUGCAAAUCAGCAGAUAGUUUCCAUUUAGAGUCAGAAAUUGCUGGUACAGAAAAUGCUAUUAAAAUAGAGAAUGUGACGCUAGCUGCAGAAACCCCUGUUAGUAAUUGCAGUCACAGGAAUGAUGUUUUCACUGAUCCUGCUCAUGAUGCUGUUACAGAUGUAACAGAUUCAACAACAGAAUCUCAGAACUCGACACUUACAUCUUUAAAAAAUGAGCUGCAAAUGUCACUUCAUGAGAGCAGUCAUAAUUCUGUUGCAAAGUUUUCACACAAAACUCAGUUAAUUGAUACGGCAGAUACCAAACAAAAUGACUCUGAGUUUACAAACUCUCCAGGCCAUCGUGGUUUUCGAAGAAGUAGUCGUAGAAUAAAAGUGACCCCUCGUUUCUCAGAUGUGAGCAGCAUGAUCAUGAAAUCUUUGAAACGUCCUCUCGUUAAAAUUGACACAACAGAUGAAAAUAAUGACCACAAUGCUGCACAUAUCCAGCUGCCAUCAAUGUGUUCCACAUGCAAGAAAUGCUUUUCCAAUCCUCAUGAUCUUGUCAUUCACUGGCUAACUCAUAGCAGUAAUAAAAACAAGAAAAGUCAUGAGAUCAUGGCUUUCUUAUGCAAUCUUUGUAAUUUAUCCUUUAGCAGUUACCGCUCAUUACAAGUCCAUUAUCAGCUGCAUUCCCAGGAACUGCAACUCAGCUGUAAACAGGCAGAUGUAUGUUCUAUCCUUAAUCAGGUUAUACCACAAAAGCAAGGAUCAGAGGACGCAGACUACCAGACAAAAUAUUUAUGUGAAGAUUGUGGAGAAGCUUUUCAAGAUAAAUAUCAGAUAGAACGCCAUCUGCAGAAUCAUGUGGCUGCUGGUGAAACAUGUGAAGUUUGCAAGAAAAGUUUUGCUAAUGCACAUAGCCUUGAAAAUCACAUGAAAAUUCAUAACAAUGACCGCCCAUUCAAAUGUCAAUUCUGUGCUAGAUCUUUUGUAAAUCAUCAACACUGCAAAAAUCAUGAAAGCAUUCAUACAGGGGAGAAAAAUCAUUGCUGUCCACACUGCGGAAAGCGUUUUCGUCAGAAAACUGGACUUGAUUAUCAUAUUAAAACUCACAACCCAGAGGAACAAUUAAAAUGUCUCAAAUGUCCCAAAACUUUUAUUGAUCAUAGACAGCUGGAUAAGCACAUGGAUAGACAUAAAGGAAUCAAGUCCUAUUUUUGUGACACUUGUGGUAAGGGGUUUCUGAGAGAACCAGGUUUUAUAGCCCAUAAGAAAAUGCAUGAAAAGGGUAGUAACUUUAAAUGCUGUAUUUGUAACAAGCGUUAUAUUAGUCAGGCUGUUUUAGAUGCACAUCAGAGUAUUCACACAGGUGAGAAACCACAUAUAUGUGACAUUUGUGGAAAGAACUUCCGCCUUCCUCAAGGUCUGAUCAAUCAUAAAAGACUGCAUAAUCCACGCAAACAGUUAAACUGUCCCCUGUGUGAUAAAGCCUAUGUUGAGAAACGUAACUUAGAUUUACACAUGUUAGCACAUCAGGGCAUUAAACCACAUACUUGUGAUGUCUGCGGGCGAAAUUUCUUGAGAGAGAUUAGCUUAAAAAAGCAUUUAAAUCGUCACAAGAAUCCGGAGGCACAUAAAUGCAGGAUUUGUGACAAAACAUUUGUUGACAAAUGGGGUCUGGUCAAGCAUAUUACAAUUCACACAGGAGAGAAGCCAUUUGUUUGCAGCAUAUGUGGCAGAGAGUUCCGCAUCAAGAAAGGUUUAGAUGACCAUUAUAAGCUUCACAACAAGGACUUGCAGCUAAAAUGUCCUAUUUGCCCAAAAACGUUUGUGGAAAAACGUGGUUUGGAAUACCACCUGAAGGCACACAAAGGGGAGAAGUCACAUGUCUGUGAGCUGUGUGGUGAGAGAUUCAGUAAUCCAAAUUGCCUUAAAGUUCAUUAUCGACGCCAUACUGGAGAGAAACCUUACAAAUGUUCAUUUUGUCCUAAAGCAUUUAGCCAGCAGGGAACUCUUAUUGCACAUGAACGAUUUCACAGAGGAGAGAAACCUUAUGUGUGUGAUCUGUGUGGCGAAGGAUUUAUCACCAAAAGUCAUCUGACUAUUCAUGUUAGAAAACACACUAAUUACCGACCAUUCAAAUGUGAGCACUGUGAUUAUGCCGGCACAACAAGAAGUUUGCUUAAUAUUCAUCUGCUGAAGCAUACUGAUGAAAAACCCUUUCAGUGUACAGUCUGUCCUUCAGCUUUCAAACGGCAGCAUCAUUUGGACAGUCAUCUCCGCAAGCACGUGGAUGGUGAGAAGUUUUAUCGUUGCUCUUUUUGUGAUGUGGCAUAUUCAACAGAGCAGCGACUGGACAAACACAUGAAGACUCAUGAAAUAGUGGUUGUCACUGGUGAAUCAGGAGAGGAGAUUUUUCAGGUCUCUACUACUGGCCCGGACAUAGGUCCAGGAGAAGUGGCUUAUGAUAUUGUUUUACUGUGA